CUCGUCCUUGAUUGCGUUUUCAGUGUCCAACAGUCCAGAGACGACGCCAGGAAGCCUGGGAGACCAUUCCCAAACUUCUGGAGACCUCGCAGUUUCGCUUUCGGAAUUUUCGGGAUCUGUGGGUUUCUAGAGUUGGGUGGCAUUCCGGGAAGGCAAGGCGACGUUCGCUGCCCCGUCGUGCGGUCCUCGGACUUCUCGCCCAUCCCUGCGCCCCCUUGCUUCGCCUGCCUUAUCUCGCCGCGCAGUGUGAGGGUUUGGACUCCCCGGCCCGCGCGCCGCCCCCCGCGCCGCAUUCGGAGGGCUCCAGCCGCGCAGCCGCGGCGGAUCCGGAGCCGAGUGGUGGGAAACCGUUUUCAACGAGGGCCGGCAUCGCUUGGAUCCGGAACCAUCACCGCAGCCCACCGCUCUCCCACACCCCUCCGCCCUUGCACGGUAGCCAAGGGACUUGGGGGGACCGAUUGGCGUGUCUACACGGAGUGAAUGGAUCCAGGUUCCACCAGAUAAUUCUCACUGCAGGAUGAACUAAGGGAAGAAGACACCUACUCACUAGGCAUGGAGAACAGUUUGCCAGUUUCCAGCAUGCAGGACCCUUCAUCUUCCCCCCCAGAAAAGCACGUUGGCUCAGCUAAUGGCAACGGAGACCUUGAUUCAGAAGAAGGUUCAAGCUUGGAGGAAAUCGGCUUUAACUGGGGAGAGUAUCUGGAAGAGACAGGUGCUCGGGCAGCUCCUCACACAUCCUUCAAGCAUGUUGAAAUCAGCAUUCAGAGCAACUUCCAGCCGGGAAUGAAAUUGGAGGUGGCUAAUAAGAGCAACCCGGACACCUACUGGGUGGCCACGAUCAUCACCACCUGCGGGCAGCUGCUGCUUCUGCGCUACUGUGGUUAUGGGGAGGACCGCAGGGCUGACUUCUGGUGUGAUGUGGUCAUAGCGGAUCUGCACCCCGUAGGGUGGUGCACCCAGAACAACAAGGUGUUGAUGCCCCCAGAUGCAAUCAAAGAGAAGUAUGCAGACUGGACCGAAUUCCUCAUACAUGAUUUGACUGGUUCGCGGACAGCACCUGCCAACCUGCUGGAAGGUCCUCUGCGAGGGAAAGGCCCUAUAGACCUCAUUACAGUUGAUUCCUUAAUAGAACUUCAGGAUUCUCAGAACCCUUUUCAGUACUGGAUAGUUAGUGUGAUUGAAAAUGUUGGAGGAAGAUUACGCCUUCGCUAUGUGGGAUUGGAGGACACUGAAUCCUAUGACCAGUGGUUGUUUUACUUGGAUUACAGACUUCGACCAGUUGGUUGGUGUCAAGAGAAUAAAUACAGAAUGGACCCACCUUCAGAAAUCUAUCCUUUGAAGAUGACCUCUGAGUGGAAAUGUGCUCUGGAAAAAUCCCUUAUUGUUGCUGCAGAGUUUCCUCUUCCAAUGGAAGUGUUCAAGGAUCAUGCAGACUUGCGAAGCCAUUUCUUCACAGUUGGGAUGAAGCUAGAGACAGUGAAUAUGAGUGAGCCCUUUCAUAUCUGUCCUGCAUCAGUGACUAAGGUUUUUAACAAUCAUUUUUUUCAAGUGACUAUUGAUGACCUAAGACCAGAACCUAGUAAAUUCUCAAUGUUGUGCCAUGCGGAUUCUUUGGGGAUUUUGCCAGUACAAUGGUGCCUUAAAAAUGGAGUCAACCUCACUCCUCCCAAAGGUUACUCCGGCCAGGACUUUGACUGGGCGGAUUAUCACAAGCAGCAUGGGGCGGAAGAAGCACCUCCCUUCUGCUUUAGAAACACGUCCUUCAGUAGGGGUUUCACAAAGAACAUGAAACUGGAAGCCGUGAACCCCCGGAAUCCAGGAGAACUCUGUGUGGCCUCUGUGGUCAGCGUGAAGGGGCGGUUGAUGUGGCUUCAUCUGGAAGGUCUGCAGACUCCAGUGCCAGAGGUCAUUGUUGAUGUGGAAUCCAUGGAUAUCUUCCCAGUGGGCUGGUGUGAAGCUAAUUCUUACCCUUUGACGACACCACACAAAACAGUCUCCCAAAAGAAGAGAAAGAUUGCAGUUGUGCAGCCAGAAAAACAAUCGCCAUCCACAGUGCCUGUUGAGAAAAUACCUCAUGACCUUUGCUUAUUCCCUCACCUGGACUCCACAGGAACCGUCAAUGGGAAGUACUGCUGCCCGCAGCUGUUCAUCAACCACCGGUGUUUCUCAGGCCCCUACCUGAACAAAGGCAGGAUCGCGGAGCUACCUCAGUCGGUGGGGCCCGGCAAAUGUGUGCUGGUUCUUAAAGAGGUUCUUAGCAUGAUAAUCAACGCAGCCUACAAGCCUGGAAGGGUGUUAAGGGAAUUGCAACUGGUGGAAGAUCCACACUGGAAUUUCCAGGAGGAGACGCUGAAAGCAAAGUACAGAGGUAAAACUUACAGGGCUGUGGUUAAGAUCGUACGAACAUCUGACCAAGUAGCAAAUUUCUGCCGACGAGUUUGUGCCAAGUUAGAAUGCUGUCCAAAUCUGUUUAGUCCUGUGCUGAUUUCUGGAAACUGCCCAGAGAACUGUUCUAUUCAUACCAAAACCAAAUACACCUAUUAUUAUGGAAAGAGAAGGAAGAUCAUUAAGCCCCCAAUUGGGGAAAGCAGCAUUGAGAGUGGACACCCAAAACCAGCCCGAAGAAGGAAACGACGAAAAUCCAUUUUUGUGCAGAAGAAGCGGAGAUCUUCGGCUGUGGACCUAACUGCGGGCUCUGGGGAGGAAAGUGAAGAGGAGGACGCAGACCAGCUGGAUGAAGACACUGCAAGUGAGGAGACCGGCUCGGAGCUCCGAGACGACCAGACCGACACCUCGUCGGCCGAGGUCCCCUCGACGCGGCCACGGAGGGCGGUCACCCUGCGCAGUGGCCCAGAGCCUGCGCGGCGGCCAGUGGAGAGGGCACGCAGGAGCCGCGUGGUGCAGGCCACCCCUGCAGAGGAGGAGGACAAGGGUCCUGUCGCCAAGACUGAGGGCCCUGAGGAAACCAAACAGGAGGAGGAGGGAAGGCUCGUCCUGGAGAGCAACCCGUUGGAGUGGACAGUCACCGACGUGGUGAGGUUCAUUAAGCUGACCGACUGUGCUCCCUUGGCCAAGAUCUUUCAGGAACAGGACAUUGACGGCCAAGCGCUCCUCCUGCUGACUCUCCCUACAGUGCAGGAGUGCAUGGAGCUGAAGCUGGGACCCGCCAUCAAAUUAUGCCAUCAGAUCGAGAGAGUGAAAGUGGCUUUCUACGCCCAGUAUGCCAACUGACUCCACCUUUGGGGACCUGGCCUGUGAUCUUUUGUGAUGCUUUGUGAAGGUUUUCAGGACUAAGACUUUGAUUUUUUUCUAGGAUAUAUAAAGUGGUACACUCACUAAGUAUUACCAAGAAGCCAGAGCCUGGCACCUCCCUCAUCCACCAGCCUAUUUGAUGUUCCCGUGUUUUGAAAGCACACUGAUGUCCCACAGGAGUAACUUCUACAGAGCAUAAUUACAGUUCUGCAUCAGACCCUGCCAGGAUAUGGAAGAACUGCUCUGGAUAUCCACGUUUGGCCUUUCUCUCACCCCAAACCAGGCAGCUUCCUGGGAUCCCAUUUUCCUAACCCAAGGACCAUGUUCUUUGAAAGCUGGGCUGGGUGCAUAUGUGGUCAAGGAGGAUUCCUAACACCUUGCCAACAGUAGUUUUUGCUGUACUUGUUCUCAGAUGCUUCCUGUCGAUACAUGUGGCCCUGGUUUAGUGUCAUGUAUGGCACUGUGGAUUGAUCUUGGUGAUGACUCCCUUCUCCAUCACAGCUGUGGACACAGAUGUUUCAGGAUAUCCAUCUAAAAAGACAUGCUAAACCUCCACAUCCAAAUCUCUAUCAGAGGUGCCUUUUAGAAAGUACAGGGGGUACAAAAGGAGGCUGGCAUCUCAUCAAAAGACAUCCUUGAGUGAUUGAAGCCUAGAAUAUCUGUGAAGGCAAGCAGAGCCACACUAUCACCAUCAUCCUAAUUUAAUGUUAAACAGGUCUGUGAGUGACUGCUUUAGGGAAAUGUGAAAAUGUAUAUUGAAGGAAACACUUAAUUUCAGAGAGUAAGAAUGGGAAGAGGUCUGGAGGAAGCAUUUGGUGAACUAGUUACCUCCACUUAGAAGGAUCACUGCAGCAGGUCACUUGGAGCAUUUCUUCUGCUCAUUCCAUGCUGACUUUUUCAGGCAUGAGGAGGAUGGAGUCCCUUGAGCAGUUUGGUUAAAUCAGCUAAGUUGCUUGCAGAUAAAUUGAUGGCUCUUAGAGCUGGCUGUCCUUUUAUACCCAGCACCUCCGUGCGUUCUCAUGGAUGAUUCAAUAUGUUCAUGCAACCCAAAGGGACUACUGCUCUGAUGUGGCUGCCUGCUGCCUUUUUAAACUUCUGCAAGGAAACCAUAUCUUCAUGUUGUCCCGAAGUGAACAGAGGCUUUGUCCCUUUCUGGGUUUUUUGGGUUUUUUUGUUUUACUUUGUUGUUGUUUUGUUUUAAAAUAACUGUGUUGAUAUUUUCCCUUUGACUGGCAUCUCAACUGUUCCAGUAAUAUGGCACGGUGGGCUCAUUAGCUACUCAUGAUUUCAGUGACAUUUAUAAGGUGUGAUUAUUGGUUGAACUUCAAUUACUCCUGCUAACCUUUCUUAAUAUUCUGUAACAGUUACAGAUGAAAAUGGAAGACACAUAUUUUAUGGCUGAGACUUUUUUAGUCUCCCCUGUAGCUGAUUUCUACCCUCAAGUUUUAAACGUUUGGUGAAUGGACCUGCCUGGGGACCUCUGAUGGAAGGAGUCCCAUGUGGUGUUGGAGGAUGGACAUGUCCUUGGUGAUUGAUGGUCAGUUUGCAGUAGGAUAUCUGACUUUUAAAGUCUUGACCUCUCUUCAGUUUCCCACUCCUGCCUUCUCAGCCACCUUAUUGUGGCCUUAAGAGCUCAGUCCUGUGGAGUCAAACUUGGUCCGGUAAUGGGAAAGGGUGUCCAUUUCAAAUCUGUGACAUUUUCUCUGUGCUCACUCCUUUAUGAUCCUUAACUGGGGCCCUUUCAAGCUGAGUUGCUUCUAUUGCAUUUGAAAUGGGGAUGAAGACAUGUGGCUACAGCAUCAUAUUGUACUUUGAGAGCAAAAGUCACCUUCUUGUGCCCUUUCCAGUAGUGACAUGGAAGAAGAGGUGCUACAUCAGAGUAAGGAGAUCUUCUGGAGUCUCCUGAGCUCACCCAGAGAGCCAGAGGACCACCCAUCAGGAAGCUCAGGGUGGAAGCAGCCACCAUUGCUGGGGGAAACUUUUUGCUUCCCAGGAGCUCACCAUCCAAGACUCUCCUUAUCCUUUUGACCUGGAGAUUAACUUCAUUCUCUCUUUGUGGUACUUCAGUUUUGUGUCCACAUGCUGAGGAGACGGCUGUGACCAAAGCAGAAGAAAGCCCAGUCACCCUGUAGCCAUCAUGGAGAUGUCUGUGUGCCAUCUCCCAGCCCUCCAGGAGAGCUGGGAAAUAUUUGAGGACCAAGGAGGUGCUUUUCCUCUGAGAGUGACCAGUGUCCCUAUGAAUUUGGAUUCUCUAGGGAUUCCACCAUGGUGGGUGCCGUGUUUCACAUCAGCAGCAAUUCUGUCACAGAAUUGUAACAUGGUUUUCAUUUCUGUCUGGAUUCACCUCUCACCAGCUUCUUUCUUAAAGAUAGGACCAAUUUCCAAGGAGUUUUUUGCUGUGUUGUGUCCUUGUUUCUUAUGGCAGAAAAAAAACCCAAAACAAACAAAAAUGGAUUUUACUCAUAUACCCCAAUGCCACCACUGCCCAGAAGCCAAAAAUGUCUUGGUCUAAACAACAGUAGACGAUGAACCCUGCUUCUUCCCUGGAUGGCACUAUUUCUUUAUCUCUCUUUGAUCAUCCUUUGGGACCAAAUCCUUUCCUGUACGCACCUGGGCUGUGUGUACGUCACGCCACUCAUUACCUCCUAGGCUGGCCGAGCAGACCCCUUGCAGGCUGUACCGUGUAAGCAACCCAAGAAACAAACACCACCUCAGCUGUAGUGAUGAGAGUCCAUCGCUCAAUCCCACCCUGAAGCUAAGGGCACUUGUUUCAGCCCCUGACUUCUUGACUCAUUUGUACGAUGUUGUAAAAAGAGAAUAAAACCUACCAACCUGAAAAGAGCAGCGUACCACCAGCAUGAUGGAGCUGCUUUGGUUCUCUGCAGCAGUUUUCUUCACCACGGAGCUCCUGGGCUCGGAGAACUCAUCUGUCCUUUGAUCUAAGUUUGAGUCAACAGAGUAUUUGAGCUGUACAGCAAUUUAGAUUCUUCUACCUUCUUUGAUCAUAUUUGAAAGAUCAUUUCCUGUGUUCACUUUGAUUUGUUGCUCCAUAAAUUAAAAAUGAUUCACACCCCAACACUGCCACCUCUGACCUUUAGUACAAUCUCUAGGUUGAUUUUGAUCAGCCUUUUGAAGAUUGGUCUAUUUGCUAAUUUAUCUCAUAGAAUUUUGAGUGUUGUAUAAGGCAAGUGCUGGAUUUGCCUUCUUAUACAAAACACCUCUUUCUAAGUUUUGGAAGCACUAGGGGUUUUCAUACUUAUUUUCUAGAACACCCAUUUAUAUUUAUUUCUGUAUAUAGAACUAAAGCAAAGCACAGUAGGGUUAAGGUCCUUAUUGUGGGUUGAACAUUAUGGCUGCUUUCGGGUUAGGAUGGUUACUGCUAGGCUCCAGUUACUCUGUAUUCUGUCCUUGAAAGCUGUGAUUGGGUGUGCAGUUAUUUGGAAGGAAAAAUAGUAAAUUCAGAUGUCUGUAGUGUGUAAGGAACAAGUCUGUAGAGAGGUCCAUCCUGCCCGUGUCUCUGCGAUAUAACAACAGCAAGGGAAAGCUGUGUUGGCACCUAUUACAUACAGUUCAGUGGUUGUCUUUUUUAAUUCACUGUUCAUCUCUGUUUCAGCGUUUUCUGAAAAUUAUUCCCUUUAAUUUGGUGAAAAUUCCAAGUUUGAUUAAUUCUUGUAGCUUUCAUCACUAGAGUGAUUUCCAAUUUCCAAACUAUGGGAUGAUAAAAUCAAAUUGUACUGUUUUUGAACUGUUUUUAACAACAACAACAACAAAAUUAUCUAAAAAUGAUAAUUGCUAAUGCUUGGUUGCCAUUUUGGGUGUUGGCUCUAGUUUAAAUGACAGACUAUAACUCAAGCAGCUUCCGGAGCUGUAGUCUUCUGGGUUUUGUUUUGUUUUUGUGUGUUUUUUUGUGUUUUGGUGGCGAGGGAUCAGCACCAGUGAGCAUGCAGAUCGCUUCCCAUCACCAAGGCAGGUGAGCGCUUCGCGGGGGCUGGAGAGACUCACUGAAGAAUAAGGAACAUUCCAGGACAAAUUCCCUUUGGAUGGAGAGUGUGAGGCAAAUGUUUUAAAUAAUAGCAAGGAUAGUCAUCCCAUGUGUUGUUCACAGUGGAAGCUAGCAUGAUAUAUCUAGAAGCAUAAACUCCCUCGUCGUGAAUGUCGAAAGCCCCGUUAACUUUUCUGCAUUCCAGUUUGAAUAGUUUGUAUUGGGGUUUGAUUUCUAUCUUGUGUAUGUUUUGGUGCAUAAAAGGGAAGAAUCGGUGUCUUUACUUUUGAAAUUUGCAGGACGAAGGGCAUGCUGUUAGUUUGCUGUAAGAUUGUAUUCUGUAUAUAUGUUUUCAUGUAAAUAAAUGAAAAUCUAUAUCAGAGUUAUAUUUUAAUUUUUAUUCUAAAUGAAAAAUAAACCCUUUUUACUUGAAAAAAAUUGUAAGCCACAUUGUUAAUAAAGUAAAAAUAAAUUCUG